AUGGCCGUGGUUCACCUUAGCCCCGAGCUGCCGCGACUCACCGUCCGCGGACACAAGCGCGAGCUGACUGAAGUGCCGUUCGACUUCCUCAGCGCCUCCUACCCGUCACCGACCGACACCGCGGCACCUACGCAGCUCCAGAGGUCCUACUCGGGCCGGCCACGCAGCCAGACGUCCGAAGUUAGCGUCUCCGCCGCCGCUAAAACGCGCAAAUCGCUGCGGCAUCUCGGUCGAUCCCGGGUGGUCGCCGGCAUGAAUAGCUGGAAGGGGAAACAGGCUGGUGGAUCGAAUGGGAGCGAAAACAGACGAGCGUCCACUUCUGAUGCUGAUGAAGCGACUACCGAACAAAUUGACAGUGCAUUCACGCGGAUCAAGGAACAACUGGCGAAAUUCUCAGAGGAGGACCAGGCGUUAAAGGAACGUGUGGAGAAACUCAACGAAGAAAUACACAUCCUCCACGCCCCAGUGCAGAAGAUGAAGGAGAUGAGAUUGGAAUCACAGUCAGGGCAGCACCGAGUGUGCACCAUCACACCGUCCUGGAAAUCGCCACACUUUUCAGCGUCAGUUUACGAGUUUGAUUCCCCGGCGCAAACGUCAACCCCGCGGAGGUCCGUGCCGGUCUUGAUGAUCUCCAGUUCGUCCAGAGACAACCUGCAACUAGACCUCGGUGACCCCGUACACGAGACAAUAACGGAACAAGAAGAAGGGACGGGGUUAGAUGGACUGUCUGACAGUCGCCAUGGCAAUGGAUACAAAGAAACUAGACCCAUCAAUUUUCGAUUACGGACAGACUCCCUGCCAUUAUCAGCUAAUUCGACCAAUUCCCACAACCACCAACACUAA